GGUGAACAAAGAGGCGGCGGGCGCGGGCGGCCGAGCGGAGCCGAGCGCAGCCGAGCCGGGCCGAGCCGGGCCGAGCCGGGCCGGGCCGGUGCCCCUGGUAGCAGGCACGAUGAGGGCAGCUGAGCAGGGGUCGGCGGGUCCCUGAGCCCCGUGCAUCCGGCAGCGAGGGAAGCCCGGCGCAGCGCCCGGGGCCGCCCGCCCGCCAUGGCCGGGGUCAGCUACGCGGCGCCCUGGUGGGUGAGCCUCCUGCACCGGCUGCCGCACUUCGACCUGCGGUGGGAGGCCACCAGCAGCCAAUUCCGGCCCGAGGACGCCGACUACCAGCAGGCACUGCUGCUGCUGGGGGCCACCGCCCUGGCCUGCCUGGCCCUAGACCUCCUCUUCCUGCUCUUCUAUUCCUUCUGGCUAUGCUGCCGGCGGAGGAAGACAGAUGAGCACCUUGAGGCCGACUGUUGCUGCACCGCCUGGUGCGUCAUCAUCGCCACAUUGGUCUGCAGUGCGGGCAUCGCAGUGGGAUUCUACGGCAACGGGGAGACCAGCGAUGGUGUUCAUCGAGCCACCUACUCACUCCGCCAUGCCAACCGCACAGUGGCAGGGGUCCAGGACCGCGUGUGGGACACGGCUGCGGCCCUUAACCGUACAGCGGAGCCCAACCUGCAGAGCCUGGAGAGGCAGCUGGCUGGGCGGCAGGAGCCACUGAGGGCUGUGCAGCGGCUGCAGACCCUGCUGGGGACACUGCUGGGCUACACCGCUUCCAUCCCCUUUUGGAGGAACCCUGGAGUGUCGCUGGAGGUGCUAGCUGAACAGGUGGACCUCUAUGACUGGUACAGGUGGCUGGGGUACCUGGGCCUGCUCUUACUUGAUGUUAUCAUCUGCCUCCUGGUGCUGGUGGGCCUCAUCCGAAGCUCCAAGGGUAUCUUGGUUGGGGUCUGCUUGCUGGGUGUCUUGGCCCUGGUCAUCAGCUGGGGUGCGCUGGGCUUGGAGCUGGCCGUGUCUGUGGGCUCCAGCGACUUCUGUGUAGACCCUGACACCUUCGUGACCAAGAUGGUGGAGGAAUACUCAGUACUGAGUGGAGACAUUUUGCAAUACUACUUGGCUUGCUCGCCCCGUGCCACCAACCCUUUCCAGCAGAAGCUGUCGGGCAGCCACAAGGCUCUAGUGGAAAUGCAAGAUGUCGUCACCGAGCUGCUGAGGAGUGUCCCCCGGGAGCACCCAGCCACUAAGGAUCCCUUGCUCCGAGUCCAGGAGGUGCUAAAUGGCACAGAAGUGAAUCUCCAGCACCUCACCGCCCUGGUGGACUGCCGCAGCCUGCACUUGGACUACGUGCAGGCACUGACGGGCUUCUGCUACGAUGGUGUGGAGGGCCUCAUCUACCUGGCCCUCUUCUCCUUUGUCACAGCCCUCAUGUUCAGCUCCAUCGUCUGCAGCAUCCCUCACACCUGGCAACAGAAGAGAGGCCCUGAUGAGGAUGGGGAAGAGGAGACUGCCCCAGGGCCGCGACAGGCACACGACAGCCUUUACCGAGUGCACAUGCCCAGUCUGUACAGCUGCGGAAGCAGCUACGGCAGUGAGGCCAGCAUCCCAGCCGCCGCCCACACCGUCAGCAACGCCCCGGUCACCGAGUACAUGAGCCAGAAUGCCAAUUUCCAGAAUCCCCGCUGUGAGAACACCCCCCUCAUUGGGCGCGAGUCCCCACCGCCCUCAUACACCUCCAGCAUGAGAGCCAAAUACCUCGCCACGAGCCAGCCUCGCCCCGACUCCAGCGGCAGCGGGCACUAGACCGCGCACCGGCCAGCAUCUGCCCCCACGUGCCAAUGCCCCACCCUUCCUAUGCCAGCACUGCUGCUUCCACCCUGCCGGACCCUCCGCAAGCCGCACUGGGCCAGCCCUAGGCACACCUGAAGGUCCCGCUAUACCCACCCUGCAGGAGGCAUGGAGGUGCCCAGCAUGAGCUCCGGGCCAGCCUGAGAAGUGCGGCUUCUGGGGCACUCGCCUGGACAGACGCUGCCACCAACAACCCGACCCUGCCUGCCUCUGUCUCUCCUGCCCUUCUGUCCUCCUGGGCUCCCUGAGCCCUCCUCUGUGCCAGGUGCUUCCACCCCAUGCUCCUUCUACAGGUGACCCUUUACGCUGUCCCAUGCACUCUGGGCGCUUCCCUCGCUCCAGCUGCACCAAGCCUUUUCUGGUACUGCCCUAGCCGCUGACACGUCUGAGGACCACUUCUCUGUUCAUAGGCGGUGGACCCUGUGCCUGGCGCCCACCUGCUCAUCACCGAGCGGCCCUUCACACACACUCAUCUUUGCCAAGCCCGGCGCCCGCCUUCCCUUAUCCACCCGGCUAACUUGGUUCUUCCUGUCGAUUCUGAGCUGCCUCCAGGGUGGGGCUCUUCCUGCACCUCCUCCCCACAUGACUCUCCCUCCGCGCCCAGCCAGCCCUCCCAGACAGCAGGUGCCAUGCAGAGUCCAGGCCGCUCCCUGGCCUCUCACUGCUGGCCACCUUCUUGGUGCCAAAACCUCUUUCCCAUUCAUUCCUGAAGAGUGGCAGCUUCUUUGUCCCCUUUGUUUUUUGCACUGACCAUAUUUGUCAUCUCCAGGGCGGUCUGGGACAUAGGCGACGCAGGACACUGCCCACUAUCCUCUCAGUUUCCUUCUCACCCAGGACAAGCGGCAGUGCCCUCUGGAGCCCAACCUUGGGGGCUGGAGCUGUGAUGGCUGUGAAUGUGCCCCCAGCCUCAGAAGGCCCCCGUUGGGACUAACCACUAACCUCACUCUCAGCUGCCAUAGGCACUCCUGGCUGACCCUGAGCCAGCAAGCGUGACCCUAAGUCUAGCCUGGAGCCAGGGCUAGAGUGGUCAUUUCUUUGUGGGGUGCUGCCAGGGAGGGGCCAGACCUACAGGCUACUCAAAGGGCCUAGAGACCCCUCCCCAGGCAGGUGCUGCCCCAGGAGGAGCAUGUCCUGGGGACUGGGGACUGAAGUCUGUGUGGCUUCAGCCCUCACCCAGAACACUGCUUGCCUAAGGUGCUUUUGGCUUUAGUGUGUGAUGUUUGCUGUGCUUCCUGCUGCGAGGCAAUGAAUUAGCUUCCAAAUCGACCUGGAGCCUCUACCCUGGCCCAGCCAGCCAGUGUGAGCUCUCGUGGGAUGGGCAGCUAUGGGCCAGUAGAGCAGCAUGUGGUGGGCAGGGCAAGGCUGGGACCCUGUGGUAGUUGGUUUACAGAUCUGUGGCCCUCCUGGAGCAACCUGGAAGCUAUGGAUCCCAGAAACACCCCCCUCCCUGGAGCUUCAGCUCCUCUCAGAAGGGAGAGACUCCACAUUGCUUUCCUUCCCAAACAGCCCCUUUCUUUGUGCUGGUGUCUGGGACCAAAAGGAGUGGGCAGAGGACUCAGGGGGCCUGGGGACCCCAGGCUGGGCAUCUGUAGCUCCUGAGCAUGUCCAGUGCAGGGCACCCUGCCCCUGGCUCCGACUGGCCUGGUGCCAGGAACCUCCAGGGCCGUAGAGGACCAGCUGCAGCGUCUGCCCACUAUGGGUAUGUUCCUGGCCUGAGGUCCAAAGGGAGGCUUGGGGCACCCCCGCUUGGGUGCCUGGGUGUGCCCUGGGGCCUCUCAGAAGCACAAAUGCUGCCCCCCUGGCCGUGAGCUGGCCACAAGGUGAAUGUAUAUAGCAUGAGAGGCGGGCACUGCCCGGACGUGGCUGUGAACUUGUGCUGUCUUGGGAGUCCUGACUGUCAUGUGCGUGCGUGCCCCCAUCUGUGACGUUUCACUCACUGAGGCUGAAGAAAGGAAGCGAGGGGAAACCAAAAGGGCGUUCUCACCCUGACCUCUGCGGAGGAGACGGCUCCGACCACUGUGCUCUGUUUCAUUUUGUUUCCUGAUUUCCGGGGUACCACUUUUACCUACUCAAUCCCAGUGGUCUCCCCACAUCCCCAGGGGGUGAGCAGUCCAGUGCCAGCUGCCUGUGAUUGGUCCUCAGUCCCUCUCACCCCAUGGGACCCUACAGCUCUGGUGGGUAGCAAGGAGGCCGAGCCACCAAUCCAGAACCAUAUCCCUAGCCGAGCCAGGAGGAGGGAUCUGGCUGGGAAAACUGACAGGCCUGGAGGCCACUACCCCUAACAAACGUGCUCUGGUUUGUAUAAGGAGCUGAAGAUCCUGGCCUGGAGCAUCCUUGAAGCCCUUCCCCCAGUGCCCACCCUCCUACCCUAUAUCACUAUGCAAUUCCUGACCCCAGCUCCAAUACCUGCUCUACCAGCUCCCAGCUCUGCCCGGCCCAGAAGGUGGUUAGCUCCCAGGCCACAGGUGACCAGGGUCUCUUUCUUUGUUUUAAUCACAACGGUGGUGUGCUGCGCCCUUCUUCCUGUAUAUGAUUUUGUGAGGUUUGCCUCCCAGUUCCUGUCCCUUUGCCUGCAUCUGCCCCCAGUGGACAAUGUCAUCUGAAUUGAGCCAGCCCCCAGUUCCCCUCCAGCCUCCGUAGGGCCAUGGCUGUGUGUUACUGUUGCUGUGCUUUCAUUUUUUAAAACUGGGUUUGGGGUUUGAUUUUUAUUUCUUUGGGGAACUUUAUUUUUCUUGGCAAAUAACUAAAGUUCUUGUCCAUGUAAUUUCUGUGGUCUCUACUCAGCUUGAGUUUCAUGUUUUAAAAUAAACAGUUUUAAAAAACA